AUGGCUAAACGAACGUGGUCCGAUUCUAACCCUGCUAGAACUAUCACCGCUGAUGCGACCGCUUCUCCAGCACCAGCGCGACCAAAUGGCCAUGGAAGGACUUCAUCUGGUAGACAAAGCAUUUCGGGCGUCAUCUCCAGUGAAGCCUCCAUUCCUCAGAUCUCGCGCAAGAUCAAGGCGUGCGCAGCAUGUCGAAAACACAAGAUUAAAUGCUUGAUGGAUGAGAGUGGUCCACCCUGUCGAAGGUGUUCUGAGAGAAACCUGGGUUGUGUCUUGAGCAAAAGCCUUCAAACGAUUAUUGAUGAAAAGUCACAGUUCUCUGAGUCCGUGGUACAAGAUCUAGAGCAAAUGCACAGCGCUUUGCGACAAGUCAUGAACAAACUGAGUCUUCCAGAACUUCCACCUUUACAGAGCAUCAACUCUCGAGACGUUGAGGGAACACCGCCAAAAGACGACAACCCCUCAAAUACGACAAAUCAUCUCGCUGUAUCUCAAGACGAAUUCCGAGGCCCCUCAUGCGACAACUCUCCAAAAGCGACCCCUGAGGAUGAAGGUCUCCCUUACGUACCCAUCCAUUCUCUAUACACCCUCACCAAACUAAGUGCUCUUCGAUCCCCCGACAACCCUGAAGCGCAACGAGGAAACGUUAUCAAUGACUUUAUCGCCCGUGGGGCUUUGUCGUUGGCAGACGCCGAGAGUCUAUUCGCCCUGUAUCGCGACCGUUUGGAUCGGUACAUGUACGGAAUUGGCUGCCGUUACAUGACGUUGGAGGAACUUCGACGCAAGAGUCCCAUCUUAUCCGCUGCAACGCUCACAGUGGCUGCGCUACAUGACCCCAAGGCCGAUAGCAUCUAUGGGAUAUGCAGUAGUGAAUUUCGACGUCUGAUGGAGAAAUCCAUGUUUGAGCGUCGUAUUGAUCGCGAUUAUCUACGCGCCAUGUGUAUUGCUUCAUAUUGGCUUAGUGAUUUGUCUUGGAUGCUCUCAGGGUAUGCUAUUCGACGCGCUGCCGAGUGUAAUCUACACAACAGUUACAACCAAGCCAUCAAGGAACAGAGCCAGGAGGCGGCGGAUUGUGCUCGGUUAUGGUACAUCCUAUACAUCUGUGAUCAGCACCUCGCAACCCUAUAUGGACGCCCCUCGAUUGUUCAAGAAGAUUCAUCAAUUCAGGGCUGGGAGCAGUUCCUGAAAUCGCCUGUGGCUAACGAAGAGGACAAGCGUCUUACUGGCCAAGUAAUGUUGGUCAGUAUCUUGCGAAAUAUUCGAGAACUAUUCGGUACAGACAAGGGGGAGCCUGUUCCUCGGGUGUACCUAAAUCACAUUCUGCAGUUCAGACGGCAGCUUGAUCAGUGGUAUACUCGCUGGAUGAAAGACUUGCCAGAACAAUGGACGCAAAUCGGCUCAUUCCCUCGAAAAGGCACAAUUCUUCAUUACAAUUUCGCACAAAUACACCUCUACUCCCACGUUUUCCGCGGCCUCUCAAACGACGCACCUAUCCCGCACUACUUCCUCGACUGCGCGACACAAGCCGUGACGGCCGCAACAGCCAUUAUCGACCUGAUAAUCACAGACCCAGACGUCGCCCUUGGUAUCGUGGGGAUGCCCUCGUACAUGCUUUCCAUGACUGCUUUUGCAUGCAUGUUUCUCAUCAAAGUCGCCGUCAAGUAUGGCAGCGAUCUGAUUGAGCGCCAACGCGUGCAUGAUCUCACAACGAGUCUUGUUCGACAGUUCCGCUCGCUCAAGGCGGGUAAAUGGCAUCUUGCGAAUCUGAUGGCUGGAGGGUUGGAGCGUAUGACUGCUACACUCGCAACUGUUGAGCCAGGACAGGUGGGCCAGUCGGCUGGAGUGGUAUACAACACGAUGGAGAAUGUGGAUAUGGCUGGACAAAUGAUGCCAGGGAAUCAGGUGUACACUGAUAUGGAUGGUGAUACGUUCUUUGACUAUGAUAUGAGUUUUGGACUUUCUCCCGUGUUUCGGUUCGAUCCUAGUAUGUUUACGGUUGAUGCUUCGGGGCAAUCUAUGCCGACAUACCCCGAGCCAGAUUAUGGGAUGAGACCACAGUGA